AUGAUGCGGCGCGGUUCAAUGGCCAUCACCGGCGGCGGCGAGCCCUUGAUUGUGGUGGAGGAGAGCGGCGUUGAGGAAUCUGAGUCUUAUCGGGCGCCUAUGCCCAUCCGUGGCUUCUCCGAGGAUCAAGAAUCUCCACCAGAUCCAUACCAUUUGUCACCGUGGCGGGAAACACGCAAACAUUCUCUUCCCACUCCGUCAUGCACAUCUGGACCUACCGCUAGUCAGGUACGACGAUUGUCAGAACGUGGAGAAGGCACAGCACGUGAAGCACGAGAAGCUGCUUUUCUGGCCACCUUAAGCCAAGCUUCGCCACAGCCGGGAGGUCGAAGACAUUCCGUAGUCACGAUAUCAAGAGUACCUCAAGCACUUUUCGGGCGUGGACGUCGAGAAUCGAUUGCAGCUUUCCCAGCUCUAGCUCGUCGACGUGAUUCGGGAGCCAAAAAAUGUCCACCAGCCACUGAUACCCUGGGAAGUACGCACAACCUUCAAUUGGACAUAAUGGAUGAUAUUGUUCAAGCUCGUAAAGUACGAAUGCGACUUUGGAACACAUCAAGUGAAAAAGUUUGCGAAGUGCAACCACUAGAUGAACGAUCCCCAGUAAGUGGAUCCAUCAGAUAUACAAAUCGAGGACGCAGACAUUCAGAUUUUAUCGGCUCUCCUCUGCCACCCAUUCCGGCACGUCGUCGUGGAUCUGAAAUGCCCCCUCCUCCUCCCAUACCACCUCGUAGCGGAGCCGGCGUUGUUUGCACCGAUACAGAUCUUAAGCUCAUGCUAAAUGCUCUUACUUCUUCGGCUACAGAAAUAGAUCGAUGCGGUAAGCCUGAUCGCAGCAGACGCCUCGCUGAUAUGCGCUCUAGUAGUUUUGAUGCAUCGACGCUUCGUGAAAAAUUAUCAGAAUCAGGAGCAACAUGGUUUACCCGUCGACACCAAACGCUUGCUACUAAAAAGAAAGAAAAUGAAGCGAAGAAACCGAAAGUAACGUUUGCACCUGAUUCAAAGUCAGCUCCUGGAGAUGCAGCAGCUGUAGUAUGGGAUAGGCCUUCUGGUUCAGUAGUAGAUGCAAGUGCCCUCGGAAGUGCUAUUGAAGUAUUUCUUCGUAGUGGCAAUACUUCUACAACUGGACCAUCAACAUCUUCAGUGCCACAAGAAGCCCCAAAGAAACCUGAAAUUGAGUCACAACCAAGUACGAGUCGGGCGGGGCGCAGUGAAGGUGAACGGUGGUUCAUGAACAGGUCCGAGGAGGAAGAAGGAUGUGAUGCUAACCUCUGCUCAUCAUUAAAAGAUCUUUUCGUGUAAGCCUGGAAGAAACUUUUAAAAUUCUUAUAUAUGUAUAUUAUAUAAUUGUCGAGUACUGAUUAGUUUCUCAGGUGGUGACUGAAACCAGCACGAGACGGUUCAUCGCCCUUUGUGGUCGAUGUACUUUACUUUAUAAUCUUUCAAUGUGAUAGACUGCUCGCUGGACGCCAGCGCCGGUCGUCCUGAGUCGACUCACGACCGACGCUCGCUCUGCGUUAAAUUAUUUUUAGAGUAAAUUCUAUUUUCAUUGUAAAAUUUUUGAUAUUAGCAAUCAAAAUUAUUAGACUUAUUGUUAGUUAGAAAAUUGUAAGUAUUUGUAAUUAACGGACGCGCAAUUUCCACGUCGCGCUCGAAGCGUCUUCCCCUGCGCUCCGUGCCCUAUCCCGUCUCAUUGUCUACAGUCUUUAUCUUGUAAUCAAAUGUUAACCAUUAUCGAUUAAACUUUAUUAUUGUAUAGCAGAUAAUUAAAAUGAUAUGUUGCGUCGGGAGAAACGUACGCUUAAAAGUCGAAUAUGACUCAGUCGUCAUUUAACAAUAAAACUUUAUCGAUGUU